AAGAAAAAUUGCUUAUAAUAUUUUUAGGUUAUAGCGUAAUAUAAUAAAUGAAAAUAUUAUAAAAUUGCUAUGACAAUAUUAAAAGGCAGGUUAUUGCAAGAAUGUCUUUCAAAAUUAUAUUACUCUUCUAAAAAUAUUGAAAGUAAUAGGUAUCCAAAAAGGAUAUUUUCAGGUAUUCAACCUACUGGUGCUAUACAUUUAGGUAAUUAUCUAGGAGCUAUUUCGCAAUGGGUAAAAUUACAAGAUCAAGGGGAAGAUGUGAUGAUAAGUAUUGCAGAUUUACAUUCAAUGACCCUACCACAUGAUCCACGUCAGUUAUCUCGAAACAUACAAGAAAUAGCUGCCACGCUUUUAGGUUGUGGUAUAAAUCCAGAAAAAACCAUUUUAUUUCAACAAUCAAAGGUACCUGUUCACACCCAGUUAUCAUGGUGUUUGGGAUGUAUUUGUACAAUGCCCAGGUUAGCCCAUCUUCCACAGUAUAAAGAAAAAUCAAAGGAUUUGAAAGAUAUACCAUUGGGUCUAUUUGUGUACCCAGUGUUACAAGCAGCAGAUAUUUUAGCAUAUAAGGGUACUCAUGUUCCGGUAGGGGAAGAUCAGAUUCAGCAAAUUCAACUUACUCAAGAUUUAGCAAGAAUGUUCAAUAAGAGAUUUGGUGAAACAUUUCCUAUUCCUCAUGCCUUGGUAACAGGAACUGAAUUUGCUAAAUUGAGAAGUCUUAGAGACCCUGCGAAAAAGAUGUCAAAGUCUGAAACAGAUUCUAAAAGCAGAAUUUGUUUAACCGAUAAUAUUACAGAUAUACAGAGAAAUAUAAAAAAAGCUGUUACCGAUUUCACUUCAGAGGUAACUUAUGAACCUGAUAAACGACCAGGUAUUUCAAAUCUUAUAAAUAUACAUUCUUUUGUUGCAAAUAAAUCAGUUGACGAAAUUUGCCGAGAAGCGAAAAAUAUAAAUACUGGGGAGUACAAAUUAAUUGUGUCAAACGCCCUCGCGGAAUUUUUAAAACCAAUUCAAGAUAAAAUAACACAUUAUUUAUCUGAUACGGUUUUAUUGGCAGAUGUUCUAGAACAAGGUCGAGAAAAGGCAAAUGACAUAGCGACAAAAAAUUGGAACGAAGUUCAGUAUAAGUUAGGUCUUAAUAUGGAUGUAAAGUUGGCGAACAGAAUAAAAAAUAUUUGAUUUUAAA